AUGCCAGCGAAAGGCAAAUACUUCUUCAACGAAAACGACAGCUGCAGGAUCACGGACCCUCUCUACGAGAAGUACCGUUAUUCGAGUCAGCAACACCCUCUCCUCCUCUUCCUGCUGGGCAUUGUCUUUGCCUACUGCGUGACGCUCAUUGUGCUCCUCUGCGCCCAGGACGACCCACGCGAGCACCUGGCUUUCACUAUUACUGUGUGCAUAGCUUUGGCCAUCUUUAUCAUCAUUUAUGUUCUGGUUUACAUUGAAUCUUUCUUCUGGUGCCGGCUGAAGUUGUUUGCUGCUGUGAUUUGGAUCUCCUUGCUGGUCUUGGGAUACGUGUCUGUUUUUGAUAAGGGAAAUGCAUCUCACGUUGCGGCAUGGGAACAGGUCCCGUUCUUUCUCUUCAUAAUUUUCACCGCUUACACCAUGCUGCCCUUUGGAAUGAGAGAUGCGAUCAUCGUUAGCAGUAUUUCGUCUCUGUCUCAUAUUGUCGUCCUGACCGUCGCAGCUUACGUCGAAAAGCAUGAAGAGCAGGAAAAUCCCCUCGUGUUUCAAGUGCUUGCCAAUUCUUUCAUUUUCCUUUGCGGCAACCUGAUGGGGGCGUUUCACAAGCAUCAGAUACAAGAUGCCUCUCUGGAUUUGUACAGAUACACUUUAAAAUGCAUCCAAGUUCAGAUGAAGCUGAAGAUUGAAAAGAGGCAGCAGGAAAGUUUGCUUUUAUCAAUACUGCCUGCCCAUAUCUCUAUGGGAAUGAAACUAGCGAUCAUAGAACGCCUGAAAGAAACCAACGAUAGGAAGAAGCACGACAACAACUUCCACAGCCUGUAUGUGAAACGGCACCAGAACGUGAGCAUCCUGUAUGCGGACAUUGUCGGAUUCACUCGCCUGGCAAGCGAUUGCUCUCCCAAAGAGCUGGUUGUGAUGCUGAAUGAGCUCUUUGGAAAAUUCGACCAAAUUGCAAAGGAAAACGAAUGCAUGAGGAUAAAAAUCCUCGGAGACUGUUAUUAUUGCGUCUCGGGCUUACCUGUGUCCUUGCCCGUACAUGCCAAGAACUGUGUGAAAAUGGGACUUGACAUGUGUGAAGCUAUAAAGCAGGUGAGAGAAGCCACAGGUGUCGACAUCAACAUGAGAGUCGGCAUUCAUUCCGGGAACGUCCUUUGUGGGGUGAUCGGGCUUCGGAAGUGGCAGUACGAUGUUUGGUCUCAUGACGUCUCCUUAGCUAACCGUAUGGAGUCCGCAGGAGUUCCUGGUCGCGUUCACAUCACUGAAGCAACGCUGAAUCACCUAGGCAAAGCCUACGAAGUGGAAGAAGGCAAUGGAUGUCUCAGAGACCCGUACCUCAAAGCCAUGAAUAUCACAACUUACUUGGUGAUUGAUCCAAGGUCCAAGCAACGGUCCUCCAAUAACCAUCAGAUCUCCGAAGCCAGAGGGCACGAUGGGCUGAAGAUCAGAGCCUCUGUGCGGAUGACCCGAUAUUUGGAGUCUUGGGGUGCAGCCCGGCCGUUUGCUCACCUCAACCAUCGAGAGAGUGUGAGCAGUGACACCUCCGCGCCAGGCAGGAAGCAGCGAAAGGAGAUGACGUUGUAUCUGGCAAACCGGCAGAGGGCUUCAGAGAGUCUGGAUGGCCGUAGGCCAGAACGUGUCUGUCCUCCUUCCAUUGUAAACUAUAAAAACACUUCUCAGAAGGGAAGGAUGGAAGAAGAAAUUCACGACAAGAUGCUGUCAACCAUCGAAGGACUGAGUUCAGCCAAGCCCUGGUGCGGAAACACCGAUGACUUUCGUGGGCUAUGUGGAUUUCUGCUGUUCUUCGUAGAGAUGGGACUCGAAAAAGAGUAUCGUACAAUCUCUAUUCCGAAACUGAGGAGCUAUUUCGUCUGCGCCAGCGUCGUAUUACUGUGUAUGUUUCUGGUACAGAUAUUCAUAAUGCCAAGGACUGCAAAAUUAGGGAUUUCAUUUGGCGUCGUAGCACUCAUAAUGGGACUUAUUUUGUGCAUUUGUUUUGCUGAUAAAUGUUGGAGAAGCUGUUCGGAACGGUGGCCUCCCUUGAGGUAUCUGUGCACGAUUUCGAAGAAAGUCAAGACGAUGCCGGCCGUGAGACUCCCACUGGUUGCCAUUGCAAUUGGCUCCUUGUUAAUCAUAGCAGUUUUCAACUUGCCAGUGACCCAGCCCAUUGGAAAUUAUACUACGUCAUCUACUGACGAAUCAGCAACCUUGUAUUAUACCUACUGCUGUCUCCUGGGGUUUAUAGCUUGCUCUGUCUUCCUCCGGAUGAGCUUUGAACUCAAGCUUCUCCUUUUGUCGAUAGGCGUUGUUGGAUAUUUCAUCCUUUUUAAUACCCGGCAGCUGUGGAACGCUAGCCAUGGCGCUGCCAACAAUACUACCCAAAGGUUUAUUAUGAAAGACCCUAGAAUAGUGACCAAUUUAUACCUGGCUUUGUUCUACAUAACCCUGGUUCUUCUGUCAAAACAGAUCGACUAUUACUGCCGGCUAGACUGCCUACAAAAGAACAAAUUUAAAAAAGAACACGAAGAGUUCGAAACCAUGGAGAACGUAAACAGGCUGUUGCUGGAGAAUGUUCUCCCAGCCCAUGUCGCCGCCCAUUUUAUUGGGGACAAGCUUAACGAGGAUUGGUACCAUCAGUCCUAUGACUGUGUCUGCGUCAUGUUUGCCUCGGUCCCGGACUUCAAGGUGUUCUACACGGAGUGUGACGUCAACAAGGAGGGACUGGAAUGCCUUCGCCUACUUAACGAAAUCAUUGCCGAUUUCGACGAGCUGCUAUUAAAGCCUAAAUUCAGCGGGGUUGAAAAAAUCAAGACCAUUGGAAGCACUUACAUGGCGGCAUCAGGGCUUGGUGUUGCUCCGGGCCAGGAGAACAAUCUGGACCAGGAAAGGCAGCACGCCCAAAUUGGCAUCAUGGUGGAGUUUGCAAUGGGCUUGAUGACCAAACUGGAUGGCAUCAACAGGCAUUCCUUCAACAACUUCCGCCUUCGUGUUGGCAUAAACCACGGGCCUGUAAUAGCUGGCGUGAUUGGUGCUCGCAAGCCCCAGUAUGACAUCUGGGGAAACACCGUCAAUGUUGCUAGCAGAAUGGAGAGCACUGGGGAACUUGGAAAAAUCCAGGUCACAGAAGAAACGUGCAGAAUACUGGAGAGCCUCGGGUACGCCUGCGAAUGCCGAGGACUCAUUAACGUCAAGGGGAAGGGAGAGUUGAGGACUUACUUUGUCUGCACCGAUACAGCCAAAUCGCAAGUGCUUUGACUCGACGGGGGAAACCGCGGAGAG